UUGGACGACGAGGAAAUCGCACCUGCCUUCCGGGACAGUGACGGGCUGGAUGCUGCACAGCCUAAUUCUCCUUCGGCCACUCCUGGUUCGUUGGAACCCACGGACUUAGAUGGUGCUCUCACGGAUUCUUCUCCGCCUCCCUUUGCUUCGGAAAUGGAGAAUUCUCCUUCUUCUUCAGCAGAGGGAUUCAGAAGGUUCAAGGAUGAUGAAGGGAAGUUCAAAGAAUCAUUGGCAUCGGACGAGCAGGGAUUGCUAAGUUUGUAUGAGGCAGCCCAUGUUGCGUUCAAUGGAGAAGACAUAUUGGACGAAGCUAUGGAAUUUGCAACCAAGAAUCUGGAGUCGAUCAUUCUGAAUCACAAGGGCUCUUCAUCAUCGAAGAAGCAUGUCGAGUUUUCCCUUAGCCUUCCCGUUUGGAAAUGUGUCCCCAGAACACUUGCAAGACACUCAAUUGACAUUUACUCCCAACACGAGAACGCCUGCCAUGAACAAACAGUGAUUUUGAAGCUGGCAAAGUUGGACUUCAACAUGGUGCAAAAAUUCCACAAGCAAGAGCUUCAUCAACUCUCAUUGUGGUGGGCGAGUCUUGAAACGACGACUAAAUUUCCAUAUGCAAAAGACCGACUUGCGGAGUCCUAUUUUUGGAUCAAUGCCGUUUACUUCGAGCCAGUGUAUCAAUUGGGAAGGAUCAUACUUCUCAAGUUUGGAUGCGUAAUUACCCUCUUGGACGACACCUAUGACAACUUUGGUAACUACAAGGAGCUGGAGCUCCUCACAGAAACCAUUCAGAGGUUGGAUAUCAGUGGUUUGGAAAUCCUUUCGGGCACAAUGAAGGGCGUGUAUCAGAUCAUCAUUAACCUGUUCGAAGACAUCGAGCAGGAACUCACAAGAAGUGGACUCAGUACUUUUGGUAUUGACUACUGUAAGGAACAGUUCAAGAAAUUGUGUCGCUCCUUCUUGGCUGAGUCCCGGUGGCGCACCAAAGGUGAAGUUCCGAAUCUGGAGGACUACUUGGAGGAUGCACAUGUGACCAGCAGUUAUUUUUUUCACUGCCCAGCUUCGUUCCUAGGGAUGGGAGCAGAGGUAGGAACCAAAGAGGCUUAUGAGUGGGUAACCAAUGAAACCAAUAAGAUGGUCAUAGCUGCGUCUCUCAUUUGCAGGAUCCAAAACGACAUCAGGUCUCACAUGUUCGAGCGAAACAGGAAGCAUGUGGCUUCAGCAGUGGAAUGUUACAUGAAGGAGCAUGACGUCUCUCAAGAGGAUGCGAUCGUUGUGUUGUGGGAAGAGAUUUCAAAAUCUUGGAAAACCAUGAUUAAGGAAUAUGAGAAACCAACUCCAUUUCCUGCCAUUGUUACAGAUCGAGUUCUCAAUUUUGCUCGCUUGAUCAGUGUGAUGUACAGGAAGGGUGAUGCCUUCACUCAUCCUCAUCUUCUAAAGGAACAAAUUGCUUCCUUGUUCGCCAAUCCUGUGCCGCUUUGA